AUGGUGGCAGAGGACCUGCAACAGGUGGAGAGAGUGAUCUGUAAGUUAAAAACACAUUAUUAUAGACAGGGGAAUAGAGCAGGAAAACUCCUGGCCUAUCAAUUAAAAGAGAGAACCUCUCACAUGAAGAUACCCUACCUACUGGACGGGACUGGUUCAAAACAGAUUAGCCCUAAAAUGAUGGUGGAUGAGUUUGCGGCAUUCUAUGAAGCGCUGUACAACCUCUCCUUUGACCCCUCUCAGCACCAACCAACGCAACCCGAAAUACUUUAUUUCCUAGAUGGGGUGGGGCUUCCCCAGCUCUCCAGUGACCAAGCCGCAUCAGUAGACAGACCAAUCACUAUGGAUGAAGUUUCCAAGGCAUUAAAAGAUACACCAAGGCACAAAGCCCUGGGCCCUGACGGCUUCUCCACCUACUAUUAUAAUGUGUUUGAGGACCAACUAAUCGCACAUGACAGCCCUGUUUAA